AUGCCACCCAAACGAGCCUGUGAUACGUGCAUUGCACGGAAAAUCAAAUGCAGUGGAUCAUGGCCCUGCGGUUCUUGCUGUGAUUCCAUCAAGAAGGUCGAAUGUACCUAUCUCAAGCCGCCGCGGAGAAGAGGCCCCAAGGUGAGAAGACGAGCAGCUCGGCGAGAUCAGGACUUAUCUCAUGACCGGCCUGAGAAUAAUCAAACCUAUUCGGUGGAUGAUACGUCACAGGUUAUAUCUGCGGGCGUUGCUCUCCCAUUUCGAAUAUCCAAAGAUAUCAUUGCGCCUAUUGUGCGUCUCUACCGGGAACAUUCUUAUAGUGUCUGGCCGGUGAUCAAUGCCGACGCAUUGCUGGAGCAACUCGAGGAUAUUGAGCUUGAAAACACAGAGAGUGUUUCUGCGAAUAUUGCUUGUCUUGUUACCGCUCUAUGUGCGGCGACCAUGGCCCAGCUCCAGCUUGACCCGGUAAUGGGGACAGUGGAUUCCACGGUUAUGGCGAAGACUUGCGUCCGGAUCAGAUCUCAAUGCUCUGAGAACGAAGAGCAUUUUCAUUUUACCAACGCUCUGGUAUCUUUCUUCUUGCAUGUGUAUCAUGCAAAGGUCAACCAAUGUAACACGGCGUGGAGUUAUAUCCAGGAGGCGAUUUCGCGGAUCCUUCAAUUAGAUGUUACCUCAGUACAGUCAGAGGGGCUUCCGACUUUCCAGGAAAAUGAUAUUAUCUAUAACCGCGAGCUAAUUUUCCCUCUGCUAUGGGUUUCAGAGAGAUCGGCUUCAUUGGCUGAGAAAUUGAAUAGAGGAUAUGCAAUGCACCUCGGCCUAUCACCGUCAUGCAUCGAUCCACCACCACUCACAGGCCUCGGGGAAUCUUCCGAAGACAUCCACGCUCAAGGGCUGUUGGACCUUGUGAGACUGUUUAUUGCAUUUGAUCAAAUAUCUCUCCGCCAUAAAUCCGGGAACGAACUUACCUCUGCGACCCAUCUUACAGAGACCGAGAACAGAUUAUCUUCGCUGUACCUCAAUCUUGCCGAUCAGAUCUCGACUAGAACAGCAGACUGCCAUAUCACCCGGGAGUGGAUGCGAACUAUUCUAUGGCAGAGAGCAUUAUCGAUGGGUUUGCUCUCCUCCUCAACAUCGAGAGAUGUGAUGACCUUUAGCUUUCCUGCAAAGGUUAGCCGUGAUCUGCUUCAUUCUCUACGGUUCUUCUCAGAGACAGACUUGCUCCCCUUGGGUCGGGAUCAGUUGGAUAGAGCCCCGCGUUGA